GGCUGGGGGGGCACACACUGGGCAGGCAGGAACAUGCUGCGCUCACUGGGGGGGCUCUGGGCCUUACACUCACUUGGGGGUCUCUGGGGGCUCUUCCUGCUAAGCAGCACAGCAGCCACCAAAGUUUGCCCCAGGCCGGUGGGAAUCCCGGGGGCUCAGUAUAAGCCGGAGAAGUUGGUGUAUGAGCCCGGCAACGUUGUGGUGUAUUCGUGCCUACCGGGGCUCCUCAGGCAGGGGGGGUACAACUGGGCCACGUGCUCCAGCGCCGGGGUUUGGAUCCCCGCAACCCUACUAUGUGCAAGGAGACAGUGCGCCCCGCCGGACCCCCUGGAGAAUGGAAACAUAACCUACGCAGAUAAGUUCCAAAGUGUCGCACACUUUUCAUGCAAGGAGGGCUUCGUACUGAUUGGUGCAAACAGCAGCGCAUGUAACGAGUCCGGCAAAUGGAAUGAGAGCUUGCCCACCUGCCAACCUCUGACCUGCCCCCCACCCCCCGUGCCCGCAUUUGCCCAGCUCUCCGACUAUCGGCCAAAUGAACGCAACGUUUCCGGGUACCAGGACACGGUGAGGUACGAAUGCCAGGCCCACUAUGCCAUGUUUGGCAAUGAUACCGCCACAUGCACUGCCAGCGGGAACUGGAGCCACGUACCAGAGUGCCACGAUGUGUCAUGUGAUCGGCCGCCCGAUAUACAAAAUGGCUUCUUGAGUUUCUCGCCCCAUGGGAAGUAUCGGUACCAGGAGACGGUGACUUACGGCUGCAAACCCGGCUACGUGCUGGAGGGCCCCCGGGUCUCCUCCUGUGAGCGGAAUGGGGACUGGUCGGCGAGGCCACAGUGCAGAGCUCCCUGCAGGGUGAAUAUAAAGAAAGCGACGGUUCUGUACAACGGCAGGAAGACCAACGUGGAGGACAUCGCCCACGGGACCAUCCAGCACGGCGACACCCUCACCUACUUCUGCAAGGACUCCAAGGGCAAAUGCGCCCACUUAACCGACAGCCACUGCCAGGACGGGGUAUUUACCGUGCCCGCCUGUUAUAAAGAACCCAAGUGGUUGUGGUCCACAGAACCCUCUAAACUUCCUGUCUGCUCUGACGCCUCGUAGGUCCAAAUGCUCCCCGAGCGGAACUUCAUCAGGGGUUUGGUUCUUUUAUAAUUGUCUCAAUAUGUAAUAAAAUAUAAAUAAAUAAAAAGAUAUAGAAAUAAAAUGACAACUUACUG